UUAUUAUUAUAUUAUACUCUAAUCAAGCCAAUAAAAGCUAAUGAGAGAGCGCCGAUCCUUGUUUUAGAUCCACCGCCCCCAUUGGUCUCGUCUAAUAAAAUACUCGGUGGGGCUAAAACCCUAGAAGAGGACGAAGGAGAAGAAGAAGAAGAAGAAGGCGAAAUUGGAGGGGAGAAAUUAAGGUAGAGAUUAGGGUUUUAGAGUCGAUUUCGAUCGGGGAAGAUGAAGAUACAGUGCAAUGCGUGCGAGGCUGCGGAGGCGCGGGUGCUGUGCUGCGCCGACGAGGCGGCGCUGUGUUGGGCGUGCGACGAGAAGGUGCACGCGGCGAACAAGCUCGCGGGGAAGCACGAGAGAGUCACGCUCCGCUCAGGCGGAGCCUCGCCCCCCGUGCCCAAGUGCGACAUAUGCCAGGAAUCUUCUGGAUACUUCUUCUGUUUGGAAGACCGUGCUUUAUUCUGUAGGAACUGUGAUGUUUCAAUCCAUUCAGCAAAUCCCUAUGUUUCUGCCCACCAAAGAUUUCUGGUAACAGGGGUGCAAGUUGGCCUUGAAGCUACCGAACCAGUCAUGCCUAUUGCUAACGAACAACCGAACGCUGCACUUCGACCUGGAGAAUCGCCCUCUAAGACAGUUCCUAAACAAAAUCCGACAACGUUCUCUAGUGAAAGUACUUCAGUAUUCUCUGGCCAACCUAGCCGGGGUGGAAACUUUGCAAAUGAGAUGUCAUUUUCAGGUGGUACUGUGGCUGGAACUCUGCCUAAUUGGCGUAUUAAUGAGCAGUUGAAUUCCAUGGCCAGGACAGUGGAAGCACCAUCUAGAUCAUCACUGAAAAGAAGUUCUAUGACAUUAUCUGAUGAAAAUAAUGCCGCAAUUUCUGGCCAAAUAGGCAGGGACAGAGGUAUAGCCAAUAAAAUGCCAUUCUCAGGUGCUGCUAUGACAGGAAAUAUGCCAGAGUGGCCUCUGGAUGAUUUAUUAGGUUUCACAGAGUUCAACAAUAAUUUCAGUUUCAGUGAACAUGCUUCAUCAAAGGCUGACAGUGGUAAACUAGGAAGCUCUGAUGGCUCCCAUCGCUCUUCUGAUGAAGACCUGGAUGCUGAUGAAUGCUUGGGCCAGGUGCCUGAGAUUCAGUGGAUCGUCCCUGAGAUGCCGUCACCGCCAACAGCUUCCGGGCUUCACUGGCAAAGAAAUUUACACUACCCUGCUUCCGAAAACACCGCCUUUGUCCCCGAUGUAUCAUGCUCUUCUCCAAGCUUACAAAGAUAUUUUACAACAGCACUUCAUUCCAAGAGACAGAGGCGAGGCUGACCUAUUGCGGAAACUACAGACAUGGAGAUAAGCGUUCUUGUGCAAGGCUUGCUGUCAUAGUUUACGUGUUCUGUUAGCACGCAGCUGUUGUUGUCAAUGGUGUUAUCUUUGUUUUCUUUUCAUUUGGACUUUUACUGGUUUGAUCUCUUUUCUGUUUCGAAGGUAAAUGAUCAGAGUGGGAUGAAAAUCACGCCUUGUUAGUGAAUGCAUAGUUUGGGUAAGCUUCACAUGGGAAACCAUUGGCUAGGUUGUGACGAAGGAUAUUUUUAGAUAAAAGCAAAUCCUCUUCAGUGGUGUUUCCAGUGAAUGCAGAGCUCAAAGCAAAAAAAAAAAAAAAAAAAUUUGCCAAGAGCUUCCAAACUAGCGUAAGCAUGCUGAUUACAUUUCUGGUAUCUACAUGGAAAAGCUUGAUGUUGGGCGAUUUGUUGCUUUGCAAGUUAGAUUUAAGGACCUGUUUUGGCCCGGCUUGUGCAGCUGCACCGCGGUUGCCGUAAGUGUUAUUUGGAUGUUGGGGUAGUGUAUAUAGUAGAUCAACUUAUUGGGUAAAAACCUAUGCAUUAUAAAGAUGUAUUCUUAUGAUAAUAGUUGGAUUUUAAUC